AUGGUUGUGACGAGGUGUGUGCUUAGGCGGGAGGUGAUGGCUGUGACGAGGUGUGUGGUGGGGUGGGAACUGAUGGCAAAGACGAAGGCGUGGGGAGGGGAGGAAGUCGUGAGUGAUGAGGAGGGGAUUAUUUGUCCCCCCCUUCACAGAUGGGACUCAGUAAGCCCAGCUAAGAAGCCAAUCCAAGUUAGGGAGGCGUACCAAACGAGCCCCGAGGACUAA